UGAAAAAUCGCCUGUGCAGGCAAAAAUUAAGUAACGCAUGUUCAGAUCUCCCUCCUUAUCUGCAUUGAUAUCUACAAAUGGGAUUACUCACACGAAAAGUCAAUCACACAAAAGCACGUAGGAUAAUAGAUCGGCCAGGGACGUUAUAGUCAUUUUGUGUUCUAAUUUUUUUAGCUUCUUAUGUGAUUUUUCUUUGUUUGAUAUGCCGGAGGAAUUGUUUCUGGAGGAAAAUACGAGGUCGUUGAAGGUGGGUUUGCUUGGAAGUUGAGUAAUAGGGUGAGGAAAGAACGAGAAAAUUACGUUUAUUGGCCGUUUGGUUACUGGGAAAAGUGGGGGCGGUUUUUCUGCUGGUAGGAAGGAAACGGAGAUGGGUUUCUUGAGUACUAUAUUGGGUUUUUGUGGAUUUGGAGUUGGGAUUUCAACGGGGCUUGUGAUCGGGUAUUACCUCUUCAUCUACUUUCAGCCUAGUGAUGUUAAGGAUCCUAAAAUUCGUCCAUUAGUUGAUCAAGACUCAGAGAGUUUACUGCGAAUGCUUCCAGAGAUACCUCUUUGGGUGAAAAAUCCUGACAUUGAUCGGGUAGACUGGCUAAAAUGGUUUAUUGAACACAUGUGGCCGUUUCUUGACAAGGCCAUCUGUAAGACUGCAAAGGAUAUUGCAAAACCCAUAAUAGCAGAGCAAAUUCCCAAAUACAAAAUUGAUUCUGUUGAAUUUGUGACUCUUACAUUGGGUUCUCUACCUCCCACCUUUCAUGGCAUGAAAGUCUAUGUCACUGAUGAGAAGGAGUUGAUAAUGGAACCUUACUUGAAAUGGGCUGGAAAUCCUAACAUAACUAUUGCAGUUAAAGCAUUUGGGUUGAAGGCCACAGUCCAGGUGGUGGAUUUGCAAGUUUUUGCCUUACCACGUAUUACUUUGAAGCCUCUGGUUCCAAGCUUUCCUUGUUUUGCCAAAAUACUGGUCUCUCUCAUGGAAAAGCCACAUGUGGACUUUGGACUGAAGCUUAUCGGCGCUGAUCUUAUGUCAAUACCUGGCCUUUACAGAUUCGUCCAGGAACUUAUUAAAGAUCAGGUUGCCAACAUGUACUUGUGGCCCAAAACACUAGAAGUACCAAUUUUGGACCCGGCGAAAGCUUACAGAAGACCUGUUGGCAUUCUUCAUGUGAAGGUUCUGAGGGCAAUGAAGUUGAAAAAGAAAGAUCUUCUGGGUGCAUCAGACCCGUAUGUGAAAAUAAAGCUCACUGAUGAUAAGCUUCCAUCAAAGAAAACCACUGUAAAGCACAAGAACUUGAAUCCUGAGUGGAAUGAGGAAUUUAAUUUUGUGGUUAAAGAUCCGAGUACACAAACUCUCGAGUUUAGUGUUUAUGAUUGGGAGCAGGUUGGUAAACAUGAUAAGAUGGGCAUGAAUGUGGUGCCUCUGAAAGAUCUGACCCCUGAGGAGCCUAAAGUUAUCCUCCUUGAUCUCCUUAAAAACAUGGAUUUAAAUGAUCCUCAAAACGAUAAAUCACGUGGUCAGCUGGAAGUGGAAUUAAUGUAUAAACCUUUCAAAGAGGAUGAAAUACCAAAAGGUUUUGAGGAGUCACAGACGGUGCAGAAGGCUCCUGAAGGUACACCUCCUGAUGGUGGUUUGCUUGUAGUUAUAGUUCAUGAAGGUCAAGACCUUGAAGGGAAGCACCAUACAAAUCCACAAGUAAAGCUGCUGUUUAGAGGGGAGGAGAGAAGAACUAAGCAAGUGAAGAAGAACAGAGAUCCCAGGUGGGAAGAGGAGUUCACAUUUAUGCUGGAGGAGCCUCCUACUAAGGACAAAAUACAUGUGGAAGUCAUGAGCACCUCAUCAAGAAUUGGCUUGCUGCAUCCGAAGGAAUCUCUUGGCUAUGUCGACAUCAAUCUUUCAGAUGUCGUUAGCAACAAGCGUACCAAUGAGAAGUAUCAUCUUAUAGACUCGAAGAAUGGGAAGAUCCAAAUUGAACUGCAGUGGAGAACUUCGUCAUGAUCUUUAUUUUUUCCAUCCGAUUCUGCAUCGCUCCAGGGUAGUGCAGGGAAAUGAAGAAUGUUUCAUAGGUUUUCCAUCUGGCAUUAAAAACGAAAAUUUGUGGUUUCUGUACAUGAUUGUAUCAAUAAUUCUGUAUGCAAAAAUGGAAUUUGAUUGUAAUUCUGAAGUUUCUACAUUGCUCACUCUUGUCAGGUCUUGGCUUGUUUUCAUUAAGGUGAAUACAUUGUGCAUACUGUGUCCCACGGAGAUUUUAUCAUAUCAUGUGUUGUUUCA